AUGUUACAACAGGAAUCCCUGACAUUCGGCGAUGUGGUCGUGGACUUCAGCCAGGAGGAGUGGCAGCUCCUGGCCCCCGCUCAGAAGGGCCUGUACCGGGACGUGAUGCUGGAGAACUACAGGAACCUGGUGUCAGUGGGGUAUCCAGCCUCCAAACCAGAUGCACUCUCCAAGUUGGAACGCAGAGAGGAACUUUGGACAUUAGAAGAUGAAAUUCACAGUCAAAUCGGUCCAGAAAUGAGGAAAUUUGGUGAUCCUCUGCAAUGUCACUUGCAAAAUCAAAGCAUGCAGAAGAGUGUGGAAAAAUGCUGUGAAUAUAUGUUUGCAAAUAUUGUUAAUCACAGCAAAAGUCAUUUCCAUUUAAAGCAAAAUUGUGAUAUGCUUGACUCAUGUGAAAAACCUUUGAAAUCAGAUUUAAGUUUUGAAAACCAGAACAGAAGCUGUAACUUAGAGAAGUCUGCUGAAUUUCAUGGACAUGGGAAACCUCUUCUCCAUGCUAACCAUGAACAGUUUUAUACUGAAAUUAAAUGCUCUGUAAGUGCAAAACACAAUACAUCCCAGGUUACUAAGCAACAGGGAACUCACAACAUAGAGAAAGCCUAUACAUGCUGCAAAAGUGGGAAAGCCUUCAUCAAGAUUUCUCAGUUCACUGAUCAUCACAGAGUUCAUACUAGAGAGAAACCUCAUGGAUGCAGUAUGUGUGGGAAAGCCUUCUCCAGAAAAUCCAGGCUAACUGAACAUAAGCGAGUUCACACAGGGCUGAAACAUUAUGAAUGUCCUAAAUGUGACAAAGCCUUCCUCAAGAAAUCGCAGUUCAAUAUACAUAAGAAAACUCAUAUGGGAGAGAAACCUUACACAUGUAGUGAAUGUGGGAAAGCAUUCAUCAAAAAUUGUCGGCUCAUUUAUCAUCAACGAACUCAUACAGGAGAGAAACCCCAUGGAUGCAGUCUAUGUGGGAAAGCCUUCUCUACAAAGUUUAGUCUCAAUACACAUCAGAAAACUCAUACAGGAGAAAAACCUUAUACAUGCAGCCAAUGUGGAAAAGGCUUCAUUGAAAAGAGGCGUCUUACUGCACAUCAUCGAACUCAUACUGGUGAGAAACCCUUUAUAUGCAAUCAAUGUGGGAAAGGUUUCACCCUGAAGAAUAGUCUUAUUACACAUCAGCAAACUCAUACAGAAGAGAAACUGUAUACAUGCAAUGAAUGUGGAAAAGCCUUUUCAGUGAAGCACUGUCUUAUCAUACAUCAGCGGACUCAUACUGGAGAGAAACCCUAUACUUGCAGUGAGUGUGGAAAAGGCUUCACCUUGAAGAGCCCUCUGAUCAGACAUCAACGAACACAUACAGGAGAGAAGCCCUAUGUGUGCGCUGUAUGUGGGAAAGGCUUCACCAUGAAAAGUGAUCUCAUUGUGCAUCAGCGAACUCACACUGCUGAGAAAUCCUACAUACGCAGUGACUGUGGAAAAGGCUUCACUGUGAAAAGCCGCCUAAUUGUGCAUCAGCGAACUCAUACAGGAGAGAAACCCUAUGUGUGCAGCGAAUGUGGCAAAGGCUUCCCAGCAAAGAUCCGGCUGAUUGGACACCAGCGGACUCAUACAGGAGAGAAACCCUAUAUAUGCAGCGAAUGUGGCAAAGGCUUUACAGAAAAGAGUCAUCUCAGUGUACAUAGGCGCACUCAUACAGGAGAGAAGCCCUACAUAUGCAAUGAGUGUGGUAAAGAUUCUUACAUUGUCACUUGA